AUGUCGACCCCCGCCCGGAGGAGGCUCAUGCGGGAUUUCAAGCGAUUGCAAGAGGACCCACCUGUGGGUGUCAGUGGCGCACCAUCUGAAAACAACAUCAUGCAGUGGAAUGCAGUUAUAUUUGGACCAGAAGGGACACCCUUUGAAGAUGGUACUUUCAAACUAGUAAUAGAAUUUUCUGAAGAAUAUCCAAAUAAACCACCAACUGUUAGGUUUUUAUCCAAAAUGUUUCAUCCAAAUGUGUAUGCUGAUGGUAGCAUAUGUUUAGAUAUCCUUCAGAAUCGAUGGAGUCCAACAUAUGAUGUAUCUUCUAUUUUAACCUCAAUUCAGUCUCUGCUGGAUGAACCAAAUCCAAACAGUCCAGCUAAUAGCCAGGCAGCACAACUUUAUCAGGAAAACAAACGGGAAUAUGAGAAAAGAGUUUCAGCCAUUGUUGAACAAAGCUGGAAUGAUUCAUAA